UUCAGAGAGGAGGAUGUGUCCAAAUAUGGUUACACACAGGUAUAGGCCCCUUAACAGCUGUUCAUUUAACAGACUUGGGCACAGGAUGUAGGCUUUUAUCUCCUACCUCCUCACUUGUAGACUGCGUGGACCCACCAUGUCUCUUAAUUUGCCUGGCAUCUCAAAUAGGCUAGGACCUCUGUGAGCCGGAAAUUAUUGCUUCCCUCCGAGCCAAGAUUUGUCAUCUGUAGCAACCAAAGUUCAAGCUUGUCAGAAGCGGAGUUGCACAACAGAAGACACAUCAUUAACGGUUGUCUGAUUGGUUUCGGAUUGGGAAUCUUUUCAUUCAACAUGGAAGGGUUAAGGGAUGUCAAGGCUGGUAGUGGUAUUGCUGAGGUCAACAGGGCGGUGAUAGUCUCAGUAAGCAAGUUCGGUUAUGGGGUCGACAUGAAUCGGAGACCCGGGACAAAAGCAGACACCAAACGGCUUCAUCGCAUCCUCAGCAAACUGGGCUUCCAGGUGACGAUAGCAGAGGAAGACCUGAGCGCUGAUGAGAUCUACCAAGUUUUCCGGGAAGCGAGCCUGGCGCCCGUUAGAGAUUGUUUCCUGGCCGUGCUGUCAUCGCACGGGGAGGAAGGCUUUGUCUUCGGCGCGGACGGAAAGCCGGUUCGACUUGCACGUGUUUUCAGCUACUUUGACAGCCCCUGCAUGACGAACAAGACGAAGCUCUUCUUCGUACAGGCGUGUAGGGGAGGGGAGUUGGAUGAAGGCGUACAGGUGGACUCAGCCGUGAGUGAUGACACCAAGGAGGACGCAUUCUCACAGUCUCUGUCUGUUCCCGUGGAUACGGCCGUGAUAUACGCCACCCCGCCAGGUUACGCAGCCUUCACAGGUCCCGGCGGGGCAGUGUUCCUACGCACCCUCUGUCACCUUUUGGAGGAGGAGGGGGGUCGGGAGCUGGAGAUCACGCGCCUACUCACCCGUCUCUGCCACCGCGUGGCCUACACCUUCCAGGCCCGGGGCCCCGUCCUGGGCGGGAAGAAGGAGAUGCCGUGCUUCCUCACGCGACUCACCAGAGAAGUGUUUCCUUUCGCCCAGAACUCGGAUGCAUCGACGGACUCAGCGCGAUGAAGACGACGUUUGCCCGCGAGGAAAACCCGCCAAAAAUAUGAUUUUAUGUACUCGGGUACAUUUCAUCGCAUCGUGAUCCGGACUUUACAUUUCUGAUUUAAAUUCUAGUGGAGAAAGUCAAAUGUGGGUGAAAAGGGCGUGUGUUUGCUUCGUAUUAGUUUUGACCAAACAUGGUGCUGGAGGAAGCGAUCUGUGUAGUUCAAUGGGUUCAAGUGUGUGUAAAGGUUUCAAAACACCUUUUGAAAGCAGUCCUCCUGAAUAAACGAUGUUUGACUUCAAACACCAAUAACCAUCUGUGCCAUGACAAGGGAAGUUUUGAGGUUUCGCUUGUGUUUUGCUUAUUAAAAACGAGUCCAAACUCAUAGCAGUAGAGAUCGAACUGGGUGAGUAGUUGCGUACAUUGGCAGGCCUGUGUUUGCAUAUUGGGAGAUCGAUGUACUCUGCCUGACCUUUUAAUGUUUGUGAAGGUGCGUGGCCAUUGCUACUCAAACAGAUACAAGACCCGAUGUUUGCCGAAGCCAACUAGAGCCUCCUUGUGUCAUUCAAUAGAAACUAUAGCCAGCAUAUCUGAAAAGGUUCACCCCGUUAUUACACAACUUACCUGUGUCAUGGUGUCAAUCAGUGUAAUACAUAUAUGUACACAAGUGAUAUGUUUGUGCUUCAAGGAGUGCAAUGCAUAGGGUUGAAAGGGGUCUGUUCUCCAUAUCAAUCUAAUUAAGUGUAAUACACACCCUGUUGGUUUAUCACCUCAAUGUUGUGUGGACUUCAACCAGCAAUAAAUAGGUUCACGAGAGUUAACUUGCAAUAAAUAGGUCCAAUAGA